AUUUUGUAUUCGAUUUGAUUAUGAAGAUUAAAUAAUAGCAGCUGUUAAUAAAAAUCGUAUAAUUUAGGUUGUUCUGAUGGAACAGUAAAUAUAUUUAAAAUAGUGACAGGUGAUACAUAAAUUUGAUAUUUAUUAGAUAAAUUAGCAUUUAAUUUAUAAGGAUCAUUUGAAGGAUCAACUCCUACAAUGAGUAUUAGAUGGAGAAAGGAAAUAAAGUUAAAAAUGUAGUAAUAAAUAUAAAUUUUGAUGGAUCAAUAAUGUUUUGGUAAGCUUAGUCAGGGAAAUAAUUGCAUAGAAUAAUAGAAAGAAUAACUAAAUUUUAUGUAUGGAUCUAAAAUUAGAUGGGGAAGUUUUUGCUACCUCAGGAAAAGGUUGUAAAGUACUCAAUUAUUAAAUUAAUUAGAUUCGAAUUUAUGAUGAGGAAAAAAAAGAAAUUAUUCAUAAAUUUGAUUCAGCUGAUUAGUAAGAAAGUAUACAUAAUUUAAGUAAUUAAUUUGGACAUUUGAAUAGGGUGUUCUCUUUAAAAUUUUUAGAGGAAUUCCCAAACACUAUUCUUUCAUGUGGUUGGGAUGGUAAUCUAGAUAUUUGGGAUCUUAGAGAUAAAAGAAGUGUUGGUUCUAUAUAAGGACCUCAUGUAUCUGGAGAUAGUAUUGAUUUUAGGUAAAAUAUGAUGAAUAAUUAAAUUAAGGAAUGGUUAACUUCUUACUGGUUCUUAUCGAACAAAUAAUUAAUUACAACUUUGGGAUUUUGGUAUAAGAUGUUUGAUAAAAAAUAUAAAAUGGGAUGAUAUCUAGACAGAAAAUAGUAAUAUAUACUCUAGCUAAUUUAGUAAAAUAAAUAGUGAUACUAUAUUGGCAGGGAGUAGUGGGAAAUAGGAAGUAAAGUUUUUUGAUGUAAAUGAAAAUUAUGAAGUUUGUGGAUGGAUUCAUGAUUUUAAAGAAGGUUUAUAUAAUAUAAAAAUAAUUAGGUAUGUAUUGUGUUGAUUAUGGGAAUAAAUCAAAUAAAUUUGCAUUUGGAGUUGGAGAAGGAGUAGUUUACAUUUGUUAAUUGA